AUGGGUGACCAUCGAACAAACACCCUGCAUUACGGGCAAUUGGGCACUGCAACUUAUCUACCAGACCUGCAGAUAUGGGAGUUUUCACGCAAGAUCGAAAGAGAGCCGGCGCUUUUCUUUUACGGUCAUUUUAAAUGUUCCCUACCUGCAUCGAGCGCUUGGAGAAACAUCCACGAAAGCAGCGCGCCAUUAACCAGCAAAAGGGAGGAGGCCUUACUGAAAGUGAGGCCAGAGCUAGCGCCUGGUCUGGGAUUGUUAAGUCGAUAUGAAGCUUCGUCCCGAGCUAUCACCGUUGCUGCAACCAAGUUCGAUCCCAACGUUUCUAGUCUUUUGGCUGUUGGAACCGCGGUCAACUUUAACUACCGCAGUUGUGGCCGUUCCGCUAUACCAAUUGCAGUUCUUGCUGGUGGUGACUCUGCCACAUCCAUCCAACUUGUGGAAUUGGACGAAGAGAGUGUCCCAUGGCCUCCGGAUGGUGACAGGUUAUGUCACGUACCGACUCUCCGGAGCCGGGGAAAGGCGCUGUGGAUGGCGACUGCCGGACCUGUGCAGCAGAUAUGCUUUGCUGAAACUCUGGAUGAAAAGAGUACAUGGCUAGCUGUGCGGUUUCUACAGGCAACCAUCGUAUUCCGCCCUCAGUACAACAAGCUCCCGCUCUCCGCCCAUUACGAUGAGAUGGACUUCGUGCGGGGAGGUCAGGAAGAUACACAUCUGGAUGCCAACCCAAUCCUACAUGUAUCAAUCUCUCUAACGGGCGGGUUGCCGCAUGCCGAUGUUACGUUUAAUCCAUGGUACCCACAACAGAUUGCAAUUGUCGAUCGUCAGGGAAAUUGGAGUGUCUGGGAUAUUGGGAAGCCACGCCAAAGUACGAUUUGGCGCGCUGAUCGUGGCCCGUCCGGCAGCUUGGGCCUGGAGGGCACGUCGCAGAAAGAUGAGCUUGCCCAAAGAGACCAUUAUGAUGGAUGGGCUGCUGUUUCUUGGGUGGGAGAUGUUCAUAAGUUGCUUGUUUGCGACAGACGGACUAUAGCCUUGUUUCGAACAGAUACUGAUCCUGUACAACGCUAUCCUGUUGACGUUGGCAUAGAGCGCGAGUCCGAGUGGAUCUUAGACAUUAGAAGAAGCCAGUCAAACCUCGCUAGUAUAUUCGUUCUCACAACCACGCAAGUAAUUUGGCUGCAUGUUAAUAGUGAAGGCUUUUCAUCAUCUGGCUGUGAGAAAGAAAACCAGGAGAUUUCCGUCCUUCUCUCUUGGCGCCAUUUUCGAGAUCCGGAAGAUACUAGUCUUCGAUUGGUACCCUUACUCGUACAUAACGAUUUUUCCCUCGUUCUAACCUCGCGACUCAACUCCAUGGCACAGGUAUUUCGCUUCUCUUUCUCGCCAGAUGAUCCAUCAAUUCCAGUAUCGGUCGCAGACCCAUUUCUUCUUCCAUUGCCCACUAGCAGCAGUGGUGAUGGAAAAAUCCCUAAACAGCUGUCAGAUAGUUCUUAUUUUUUGUCUAUGAUAUUUCAACAAGUCACAGACUCUAAUAUCAUGGAUCCUAUUAAUGACAACAAAACCCUCAAGCUCGUCAAAUUCAUUGCCCAGCGCGCCAAUAUGGAGGUCAUUGAGUCCUUAUACGUCGCAAGGAUUGAUAGUGAGGAAGGCGCCUAUGAACCAUAUAGUUUCACUCCUCAACGGCGGAAAUCGGUGAGAAGCGAAAAAUGGGUUGACGAUGAUGAUUUUAUAGUGGAUGAUUUGAACGAACUGGUACUGCUACCGUCCUUCCAGAGGAAAAAUUGGGAUGAAAAAAAUAAAAUUCUGCCGGACCAACCUUUACGUGCCUUCCCUUACUCCGAGAAUUGGACUGGGUUGUACGAGUUGGCUUCUGCGACUGUUACUUGUCUGAAAGGGAGCCGUGGAGGGUUGGCAUCGAACAGAACUGAGAAGAAAGGCAAAUCUUUUGAUAGCUGGUUGGAAAAUCUGAGUGACCAUAUGGGAGAUUGGGCAGUGAGGGAUUCAGAAUCAUCGCCAAACUCCAGAACACUGCUUGAAAUUCUUCCAUCUCCUCCUUCACUGGAUGACAUUGAACGUAACACGAACGUUUUCGAUCAGAUUUUGAGAACCUUUUCAGAUUCAGCGCAAACCCUCUUGCCGGGAUACCAAAUCACCAGUGUCCCGAUGCCAUAUUCCUCAUCCGCCUGCGUUUCGGUGUCUGACUCCAAUUCCGCUCAUGAAACCCCGGCCAGCGUCACUAAGCUAUAUGAUUCUCUGGUCCAUGACUGGCUUUUCCCACUCCCCGGGGACGUCCCAAAUAAGAUUCGAAUGGCCAAAGAGAAAAUGAUACGUAACAUCGUCAUGCAAUUGAUCUUGUCAAGAAUCAUUAUCACCAGACGACCAGAUGUUGAACUACCAGUUUCCCAUCACAUCUCCGAGUCUGAAGACCUCCAUUCUUAUCUCCCUUCAUCAGCACCAGCAUCAAUCGAACCCUUACCCCAGUCGAAAAAUCCCACCUUAACCGUCACUUCCUCUACUGGGCAGACCGGAUUAGACACAGAUAGUGUCUUGCCCACAUCCUCCCAGGCCGCUACCACAGCCACCACCACCACCACCACCGACACAACCCCAACCCCAGGCACCUCUGCACAACCACAAACCCCUUACUCAACCUUACGCCUCUACACAGCCCUAAAACUCCAACAACCCCCCACCCUCCCCCGCCGCAUAACCUCCACCCUCUCGCACUGGAAACUCGGCACAGACCCCUCAACCUACAACUGGCGAGCAGCCGUCCACCGCCUCCGUGAAGAAGAAAUCGAAACCGAAAGUCAAAGCGCCAGUCGGCGGGCGCAAGAGGCGCGAGAGGCACAGGCUGCAAAAACAACAGUCGCAAUCGCAACCGAGUCUGGGUGUCAAUGCUGA